UUGUCGGUUGCAGAUUCAGCUGUUCCAUCUGAAAAAGUCUCGAAAGUGAAGCUGGAGGACCGAAGGGAUGACUUCUGCUAAGGAAGAAGAUGUCUGUAAUCACGUAAAAGUGGUGGUCCGUGUCCGUCCAGAGACCCAGAAGGAAAAACACGGCAGCUUCAGCAGGGUUGUUCGUGUUAUUGACCACCAUGUGCUGGUCUUUGAUCCAAAGGAGGAAGAAGUUAGCUUCUUUAAYGGCAAGAGACUGAUCCAUAGGGAUAUUAACAAAAGACAAAGGAAAGACCUUAAAUUUAUAUUUGAUGCCAUUUUUGAUGACAGUUCAUCUCAGUUGGAAGUUUUUGAGCAUACUACCAAAAAUCUAAUCGAUGGYUUCCUAAAUGGAUAUAACUGUACAGUGCUUGCAUAUGGUGCAACAGGAGCUGGAAAGACUCAUACGAUGUUAGGUUCUCCUGAAGAUCCUGGAGUMAUGUAUUUAACCAUGAUGACACUUUAUAAACGGAUGGAUCAAAUAAAAGAAGAUAAAACAUGUGAUGUUGCGGUGUCUUAUUUGGAGAUUUACAAUGAACAGAUACGUGAUCUGCUGGUCAGCUCUGGACCUCUGGCUGUUCGUGAAGAUGGCCAGCAAGGGGUGGUAGUUCAAGGUCUGACAUUACAUCAGCCUAAAUCAGCAGAGGAAAUCCUUCAGAUGCUGGAUUAUGGAAAUAAAAAUAGAACUCAGCAUCCCACAGAUGUGAAUGCCUCUUCUUCCCGGUCCCAUGCUGUAUUUCAGAUUUACCUACGGCAGCAAGAUAAAACAGCAAGUCUACAUCAAAAUAUCCGUGUUGCCAAAAUGUCUCUYGUUGACCUGGCAGGAUCUGAACGUGCCAAGGCAACAAGUGCCAAGGGGGCUCGUUUUGUAGAAGGAACAAAUAUUAACCAGUCCCUGCUUGCUCUUGGAAAUGUCAUMAAUGCAUUGGCAGAUCCAAAGGGCAAGAAACACAUUCCGUAUCGAAACAGCAAGCUKACUCGGUUACUGAAAGAUUCUCUUGGAGGAAAUUGCCGAACAAUAAUGAUAGCUGCUAUCAGCCCAUCYUCUUUGUUCUAUGAUGAUACCUACAACACCCUUAAAUAUGCAAACCGAGCAAAGGAUAUCAAGUCCUCUUUGAAGAGCAAUGUUGUUAGUUUGGACCGUCACAUAAGCCAGUACGUUAAAAUUUGCAAUGAACAAAGGAAAGAGAUCYUGCUGUUGAGGGAGAAACUGAAAGAAUAUCAAGAAAAGCAAACAAGCAUUCCUGAAAGUCCUUCUCCUAAUGCUGCAGAACUUUCAARCAACCAGCAAGUGGAAAUAGAAAGAUAUAAAGAAAUCCUUAAAGAUGUGUUUGCAAACCGUGAAGAAAUCAGAAAAGAAUACCUCAACGUGGAAAAGAAACUGAAAGAAAACACACUAAAGAGAUAUUACCAGAAUCAAUGUCAUGAACAAAUUCAACUGUUGUGCUCUGAAGAAAGAGUAGAAAAGGCCACUUGCAAGCGAGAUCAAAGGAUUGCAGCACUUAAUGGCCACUAUGUACGCAUGCAGAAGAAAAAGGAAGAGGAGACCAAUCUUUUUGAGGAAAAUACCAAAUGGCUGCACCGUGUUGAAAAUGAAAUGCGCCUUCUGGGUCAAGAUGGCUGUAUUCCAAAAGAACUUUGUCAAAAUCUGCAGUAUUGCCAUUUAAACCUAGAAGUUCAGGACCUGAAAGCCCAGAUUGAGCACAUGUUAUCUCUGGUGUCACUUCAAGACCAGUAUUAUAAGCAAACAGAAAAAGUACUAAAUACUUCACUUCCAGUUCUUCGCAAGCAAUACCUGAUUUUGAAAGAAGCUGGUUUGACAAAUGACUUAAGUGAAACUGAAUAUGCAGAGGUUGAGCAGCUGAUUCAAAGACAAAAAUCAGUAGCUUGGGCAGACCAGACUGAGGAAAAGAAACAAAAUCAAAACCAUGAAGUAGAAAUGUCAGCUAUCUUCGCAUUCCCACAGCUUAUGAGCAGACAGAACACCCCAUGCCGCACCUCUUCUAGUACACCAUCACAAGAAAUGAAUAAAAACACACAACAAGUGUUAGAAUCUACAGAACCACYACAGAAGAGAACUAGGAGGAAGCUGAUGGACUCUCCAGUCACAGCAAGUUCCCCUGCCUUCAGCCAGUCCAGCCUGGAGGAUUCUCUUGCCAAGGACGUCUGCCCUAUCGUGUACACACCAGACUCUUGCAGAAAACCAGUACAAAACUUCUCUGCUCAGACUGUGGUCAAGAAGGCUUUGCACCUUGCAGGCCUGGAGGAAGCCAAUCCCUGCAGCACAGACAUAGCAGCCAGCAAGGGCAGUAUCAUGGAUGUGACGUGUGAUAUAAUCCCAGAGUGUGAUGAAGGWGUCAUGAACUCAACAGUCAUUCUCUACGAGGGGACCGAUGAAACGGCUGAAGUGCCUGCUUACUCAUCUGUGAAAGASUCACAGCCAUGCAGCAACAGCCUUGUGCCAAGAGUUGAUCUUUCUUCCUUAAGAACCAAAAAUUCUGCUUCAGUAUUUGAGAAGCGCUCAUAUAUGGCAAUGACKGCUGCUGCUGCAAGGAAAAGGAGGGUGCUAGGUUCUACAUCAAACACUGUGCUGGGCAGCCUGCAAGAACCAGUYUCUGCAAAACGCCUUCGACAGGACAUCUCACUGAGCCAGGCAGCCUUGAGAGUACCCCAAGUGACUGGAAUUAAAAUGAAGAGCAGGAAGCAAGAUCAGAAUAUGUCAAGAAACUUCGUUAGAAGCUUUUCUCAAGGAAAUGUCCCACUGGAUGUUAAAUCAAGGACAUCAAAAGAUCUUUCACUUCAUAUUUCCAAGAAAAAAAAUAGAAUUUAGUUCUGAGUUCAUCCAUAUUUCAAGGAGCAGUGAUGGAUAGCAAAUGAGAAUAGAGUGACUUGCGUUUUCCUCUUGUAAAUWGUUUUGAAAGUUUUGUGAUGGAAAUGUUAGAAAAAUGAUUUUGACCCCUAAAUUAUUUUCRUUGGAGGAGCUUCCUUGUGUUAAGAUUGUUUUUCAUUUGGAAGCAAGUUAGGCAGAUACYAACAUUAGAACUAAUGCUUAGCAGUUUUUUUUUUAGAUUGUGAGCAUCUAUUGAUGAUACAUGUAGUUCCAAGAGACAGAAAAAUAUKAACAAACAUUUUUUCAUCUUGCUAGUUUUUAAUCUGUCACUUGGUUGUAAAUGUUUCUGKUUUAUUUUUUCAUUUUAAUUCAGUUGUAAAUAUGUCUUCAUGCUAAUUACUUCAAAUAAAUUUUUUAUAUUAUUAAGAGCAAUAUAAUAUGAAAUGUAUUUCUAGCAAAGAUGUUCCUUUYGUUCUUAGGAAAAUUUUUUAAAGUAAUUUUGACAUAUUGUUAGAAGUACAUGUAGUUUAUAAUGAUUAAUAUUCAGAGACAGAGGAAUUUGUAAAUAGUUAUGCUGUAACCUUGACAUCCUGCCCAGCCUUAGUGAUGUGGUUUUAGUGUGUUUGGUCUGUGCAAAUGCAAAUGUGUGAAUUUUUCCAGUGCAGGGAGAGCCAGAAAAGUCCACUGAGUUGUUUCAGUGGUGUCAGACAACUGUGCAGAGCAAGGAGCUUCCAACCUGACCCCUUCAGUAAUCAGGAGUUAUGCAGCAUUUAUUCUUGGCACAUUGGAGGAGCAUUUCUCAGAGGCUUCUGAAGAAUGAGAACUGCCUGCAAAAGCUUUCAGGACCACUUGUGGAAGGAACAGACAAUGUUGCAGAAGCUGUCUUCAUUGGGGAAGUUCAAACAGGAAGAAAUAAUUUCUUAAGGARUAGGGGUUGCUUGUUAAAAAUACUGAGACCAGAGAAAUUGAAUCCUCUUAAUUGCAUUUUAAAAGGAGUGUAGGUGAUACAGUUGUGGUGAGCCUGGGAUCAUGCUGGUAGUGUAAUGAGAGCUGAGAAAACAUUGGCCAUGGAAAAGGUUGGUUUGAAGCCUGAAAACUAGAACUGGGWCUUGUCCACAUAGCAAAGUGAUGUAAUUUCAAUAGAAUGAAGRGGAGGGUCACUUUAAUAUCAUAAUGAAUGACAAGAUUUUGAGUUCAUUUUAAUUUAUUAUUUUGGUACCUGAUACAGCUAAAGUGCUAAAGAUCAUCCUUGAGUUAUGGGAUUUUUUUCAAAUUCCCAGUGUUUAAUAUAAAAUGUGCACAGGGAGUUUCUAUUGUUGAUAUCACAUAUUCAAGAGGCUUGUUGGGUUUUGCUUAUAAAUAUUGUUUGUGGCAUAUAAGACACAUAGAUGUUCAGAGCAACCUUGAAAGGUUUUUAGACAAGCUUGUGCAUGCACCAUUUUGAUAUUCAGUCAAA